AGCAGAUGCGUAGUUGAGGAUGAGUAGUCGCUAGGCAACGCAACAUCCUGAAUGAGAAUGGAAGGUGGAUUGUGAUUUUGCUUCUCCCAAUGUUCGACAGUGCUGCCUUUUUUGGGCCAUCACUUUCAUUUGAGUACGAUUGGAUUUGGAAUGGUGGUUGUGAUACGAGUGAUAUGAUAGUGCCUGCUGGAAGCUCAUAGUGAAUAUCACUCCAAUUAUCGGUCUAUUUUACUUAUAGAAGAAAUUUACGUCGUUAGCUAGAAAUGGCAGCCUGGUUCAACGAGUUAGCUGAAGAAUGGGGGCUUUGAUUCUUCUGGAUACAAAGCGGAGAUGAGUUCUAACAGAUCGGAACAGCGGAACUUUAGCAAUGUUUCCAGGAGAAAAAGAUCUCGACGGAGGAGAAUUUACGUCGCAUACUGCCUCCGUCAUCCUCUUGUGUCGUCCUAGGACAUCACUCAACGCCCUCAGGUGUCCAGUUUUUCAAAAUGCAAAAGAGAAAGAAAAACUUUCGUCGUGUUAUUGGAAGAAAAUCUGUAAGGUUUUUGAAAACGAGGAAUGGUGGAACUUUAAUGAAAAACGGAGAGUGUGUUGCUUAAGAUGUGCGUUAUCUGUAACGCGUAAUGACUAAAAUAAUGCCUAAUUGCUGCUACAAGAUGGAAUGACAAAACUCGUUAUAACCCUUCAAUCUUUUAUCGUGUUGACUGUGAUUAUUUCCCAUCCUUGUUAAAGUGUAAGCCCUACUUAUUUUAGUCUUUUGCGUGUGUUUCGUGGUCUGAAACAUAUUCUCGAGAAAAGCCCUAACAUCUGUUUAGCCUUUGUAAUGACGUUUCUCGUUUGUGUUUCAUCUUAGAGGUACAAUAAUUCAGUUGUAUCGUUUAUUUGUUAUGUGGUGUGUAUAUUGUCCAUUUUGACGACUCGAACAUUUUUAAUAUCGAGACAUUUAAACCGAUAAAGCAUAAUGAACGAACUGCUCUAAAUCAACCCGUCCCGUCAGGUCAGUAUUUCGAAGCCCUCCCCGGCGGUCAACGGCACAAGGGCCGGAGCAGAGUCCGUCUUGCCCAGGUCCCAGUGAGGUGCAGGAUUCAGAAGAGAAUGCAGAUGAAACCGCUCCAGUAGUUACAAUGGGCCUGCUGCAGCCAUUAAAGACAUUUUCCAUCAAAGAUAUAAGUGUGAAUGUGCACAUUAGACAGUUGACCGAUCUAGAGACAGAUAAUUUCAAGCUGAGGUUCAAAAUUAGUAGUUCAGAAGAUGACAUGGUUCACAUGACGAAUGUCCAUCAGGCGAAAGUUGAGUCACUCAAAAAUGAGAUUUCUGAUAAACAACGUCUGGUAUGUCUGGCCUCCAAAGCAAUGGACCUCAUGGGAAAAAAUUACGAGGAGAAUUUAAAGGAGAUCCGACAGCAAAAUGACACUGAGGAACGGAUAUUGAAGUCACGAAUACAAGAGCUGGAGACUGCUCUGAAAGAAAAUGAGAACAAACUCAGAGACUCUGCAUCUUCCGUUUGUAGAGAUGGCCACACUUUAGAAGGAGUAGAAGCAAUACCACAGUAUACUGCAAGAUCAGAAGCACAAGUGAAAGGUGAGUCUCUCAGAAAACAGCCUUUUGAUGAACAGUGUCAUCCGCUAUGUCGGUCCUCCAAAAUCUUGUACCAGAUGAAACAACAACACAUGAAUUUAAUGGACAUGAUGGAGGAAAGUGACUUUAAAAUAUGGGUAUAUGAGUUACUAAUACAAGAAGUGAUGAUUGCGAAGGCUGAGUCACUAACAAAAGAGGUUUGUGAUGAACAACGACUUCUGCUAUGUCAAGCCUCCAAAACUAAAUACCUCAUCAAACAACAAGUGAAGGAUGUAGAGGCAUUCCGUCAGAAUCGUGGCUCUAUAAUACAGACAUUAGAAUUCGUAAUACAACAGCUAGAGUCUAUAUGUUAAGUAUUACUGCAUAUACUGAAUUCCCUGUUUUAUCGCCACACUUAUGGUUCCCGUGGUGUCUGAAGCAUGAAUGUUUCUUUCUGUGUUAAAUUUUCUUGUUUCCUAGUGUUAAAUAAUGUUGUCCCCUUCAUUAUCUUGGACUGGCAAAUGCUGAGAAUCCUUCACUCCGUGUUCUCGUUUACGACGUUAUUAAGAGAAUUUGUGUGUUCUGUAAAUAAAUAAUCUUGAUUCAUAAUCUAUCUUCAUGUAAUUAUAAAUCUUUUACAUCUUGAACCUUACAGUAUUUAUGAUAAUAUUUUAAUUGUUUGUGCUAGAAAGUACGUUGAAUGUAAACAGUGCUUAAUGUGAGUCACACCCAUUGCCACAAGAUUUAUUAUUUAGUUCUUAUUAAUUGUUUAUCAUGACAUUCAGAGUCCAACUGACCCUGUGUCACUGUAGCAUACCACUAAAGCCAAUAGGUUUGAGUUGAUCAUCAUAACGAAAUGUGCAGAACCUGCAAAAGGACACAGAUAACCAGCAAACCUAAUUGUUUGUGACCAUUUACUAAUUUUCCUCUACAGGCUCUGAAAGAACAUGAGAACAAACUCAGAGACUCUGCAUCUUCCGUUUGUAGAGAUGGCCACACUUUAGAAGGAGUAGAAGCAAUACCACAGCAUACUGCAGGAUCAGAAGCACAAGUGCUGUUGUUGUCAUCUGGGCUACUGUGACUUAAGCAUUCAGUUUUGAGUUAGGUGUUGAAGCAGAGGUGUGCUCUGGGCAUGUGGUUGUGUCACAAGCCAGACUGGGGCACGUGGCUGUGGCUAAACUGCUGAAUGACAGAUCAUGGAGUCACAAUUGAAAAAGUCCGUCACGUCGUAACACCCAGGCGUCUGAACCCCAGAGACCGAAUACAGAAGCUCAAUGGAUUAUAUACUUUUACAUGUCUGUCGCAAGCAGAGGAAGACGGAAGGACGAAACAGAGAAGAAAAUUUUAGAAACACAGAAAGAGGC